AUGGAUAGCGGUCCAAAUAUGGCCAAGAUGCCAGCAUCUCAAGAGCUAGAGCACGAUCCUGCACUGGUCAAAAGGUUCUCGCAUCUCAAAAUAGACAAUCGAUCCAACCUCUCCGCCAUUCAGAAUUUCGCGUUGUCUAUACUCCAGAAUCAGAAAAUAGCACAAUACGUGCGGAGGGUUACCUUGACCUAUUCGCAUUGGGCGUCUUACCCAGCCGAAGCAUUUCCAUACACAGCCACGACAGACGAAGAGCGCGUAAAGGAGAAGACAUUCAGGGCAGCUAUCGCCGAGCAGAAAUGGGACGAGCCAGACGCAACAGAAUUAUUGAAACGUCUCAUGACGACGAAAUCGCCAGGCUUUAACCAGCGCAGCUCCCACCAAUUACUUCCCGAUGCGGUAGUAGCUAUUCUUCUGCCCAUCUUACCAAAUGUCGAGCAUUGGGUGGUUGGCGAGAUACAUGACCCACCAUUUGUAGGAAAGGCCGUCCAAAGAGCGAAAAACGGAAUUUUUGGUUCCAUCUCAGUCAAGCGUCUUGAAAUUUGCCCAGAAGCUCCUUUUAGUUCUGCAGCCUGGGAUGGCAUUAGUUGGCAAGCAUUUGAGAUUUACGCCAACUUGCCCCAGCUUGCUGUUAUGAAAUCGAGGGGUGUUGGGGGCAUCGGGAUAGAGGACGGUGGUGGAUACGAGGUGAUACCUAGCAAGGUUUCUGCAGUUCGGGAGAUCCAUUUGAAGCACUGCGAGAUUUCUGGUACCUGUGUUUCAAACAUCAUCAACUUUUCCACAGCGCUGGAGGCUUUCAGUUAUCAAUUCGGCGGACGGUCGGGGGAUGGUGGGAUUAUAGGCUGGACGUCACCAAAGGUAGCCAAGGCUCUUACGCUGCACAGGUCAACGAUGCGGAGGAUGGAUAUCGAUGUUGAGAAUCAGGCUCAUGGUAGCCUGCAACAAGAAAUGGAGGACUGGAUUGAGGAAAUGAAGUGGGGGGAGGAUACAGGAGAGGACAAGGAGCGAAAUGAAGCCUGUAUCAGAGACCCAGACGACGGAAAUUCCGACACAGAGACUCUGACAUCGGAAGACAGCAGAAAGAAAACAGAGAGAUGA